AUGAGCGCAGCAGGCCACGUGCCCUGCCUGCAGCAGCAGCAGCAGAAGCAGCAAGAAUAUAAGCAGCAGCAGCAGCUGCAGCAUUUUAUGCAGCAGCAGCAGCAGCAGCAGUAUUUUCAGCAGCAGUUUACAGAGCAGCAGACAAAGCUGCUACAGGAUUUGCUGCAGGCUUAUGUUAUCGUUGGCCCCACUAUAAGCAGCAUAGUUUAUACUAAAGACGGAGAGCAGCAGCAGCAGCAGCAGCAGCAGCAGCAAUGGCGUGUCUCCUACCGGCCAGUGGCUGUGCCUAGCAGCCUUCUGGGUGAAGCUGCAUGCGGCAGGAGUCACACGUUGCUGCUGCAGGUCGCUGCUGCUGCAGCGGGGCAGCAGGAGCAGCAGCAGGGGGAGCAGCAGCAGCAGCAGCAGUGGCGUUUGCUGCCUCUAGCUGCAGCUGCACACCCACCUCAGCUGCCUCUGUGGGGCCGCUGCAGCUGCUUCCAGAAGGGCCUUGUGGAAUCUAGGACAGCAGCAGGAGCAGCAGCUGCUGCUGCUCCUGCUGCUCCUGCUGCAGCAGCAGCAGCAGAGGUCCACCAGACUAAGACUGCAACACAGGAGGCUGCAGCUGUAGGAGAAGCUCUCAACGGUUCGGGGCGCAAAGUAGAGGCUCCAGCAGCAGGAACAGCAGCAGAAGCAGCAGAGGCAGCAGCAGCAGCUGCAGACGCAACAACAUCAGCAGCAACAGCAGAAGAAGCCGAGGCGGAGGAUGGAGGUAAGAAGAGCAGCAACAACUCCCCGCAAGUGCUACUGCUGCCAUCGUUGCCCGAGCAUCGGCAGCAGCAGCAGCAGCAGCAGCGGCAGCGGGUGUACGUACACUGGGGCUUCACAGCAGCAGACGGCCGCAGCUGGAGGGAGCCGCCCCCCUCUUGUGCUUCUCCGCACUGCAUUAGGGCCCCCAGUGAGGCUGCUUUGCAGUCUCCUAUGCAUGUUUGCUGCUGCUACUGCUGCUGCUGCUGCGCCGCGUUCAUCGGAAGGAGUCGCAGCUGCAGCAGCAGCGAAGCUGCAGGCAGGGCGGGAACAAACAGUAGCAGCUGCUGCUGUGCAAGGUCCAGGUACAGCAGCAGCAGCAGCAGCAGCAGCAAAUCAGCCUGGACAUCUGCUGCUGCAGCGAACAUCCCUUUUGGCGAAGAGACAUCACCUGCGAGCAGCAGCAGCAGCAGCAGCAGCAGAAUUUCGUCUCAGUGCUGCUGCAGCAGCAGCGAGCAGUAUGCAUUUGAAUCCCCCCUCUACUGCACCUUUGUGCGGCUGGGUUGCCCUGUUGGGGUGUCUGUGUGCACUAGGGGGCAGCAGCAGCAGCAGCAGCAGCAGCAGGAGGAAGAGCAGCACGAGACUGUUGAGUUCGUGCUGCAUAGCUCCGUCAAUGGGUGGAUGAAGGCAGAGACAGGCGAGAAUUUUUCUUUAGAUUGUGCUGCUGCUGCUGCUGCUGCAGAAGCAGCAGCACUGCAGGAGGCCGCGCUGCUGCUGCUGCGCCUGCAGGAGCAGCAGCAGCAGCUAGCACGCCAGCUGCAGCUGCAACCUCUCCAAGCAGCGCCUGUGCUGCUGCGGCUGCGGUGCCUAGAGGCAUUUGAUGCAGCAGCAGCAGCACCAGCAGCAACCGGAGCAACAGCAGCAGCAACUGUGGCAGCAGCAGCAAGAAGACAAUGCAUGAUUUUAACCUGGCUAGUUGGGCGUUGGCUUGCCCUGGAUAUAGUUAUAGACAAACCAGCAGCAGCAGCAGCAGCAGCAGCAGCAGCAGCAGCAGAUAGUGGUUAUUUGGUACAAGUUGAAAUGGGGGGGCAGCUAAGAGACUGCCUCACGCGUCCUGAGAGAGGGGGGAGGCCCCCCGUGCAGUGUGUGCUGCCAGCAGCAGCAGAUGCAGCAGCAGCAGGAGCAGCAGCAACAGAUGCUGCUUCCGCUCCUGCUGCAGGACUUGCUGUAGGCCUUGCUGCAGCACUGCAGCAGGCAGCAGCAGAAGAGACAGCUCUCCUUGCUGCGCUGCCGUGUGUGGGGUAUGGCUGCUCAAGUCUGCUGCGGCUGCGGCUGCUGCUGCAGCUGCAGCAGCAACCGCAGCAGCAGCAACUUGCACUGCGGCUGCUAAACAGUCAAGGGGCCCCCGUUUGCUUCGAUCUCCGACGCGUGGUGCCAGAGUUCACUGCUGCAGAGAUGCAGCAACUGCAGCAAGAGCAGCAGCAGCAGCAGCAGCAAGGGCAGCAACCAGAAGAUAUGGAAUUGGCGACCCGUGUCGCUCUCUGUGAGCUGCAGCAGCAGACGCAGGAGAUGCUGCGGCAGCAGCACGAGCAGCAGCAGCAGCAGCAGCAGAAGGAGCAGCAGCAUGAGCAGCAGCAGCAGCACUUUGGGGGGCGGCGGCCUUCAUAUGCUGCAGAGAGGGAAGCGAAUAUGUGCAUUGGUGCAGGUGCAGCAGCAGCAGCAGAGACAGCAGCAAUGAUAGCUUCUCCUGCUGCUGCUGCUGGGGUUAUAGAGCCCUGGGCAGCAGGCGAAGAUGCAGCACUGGUGGCGGAGGAGCAGAGUACGGGGGACACCGUAGUAGCAGCAGCACUAGCAACAGCAGCAGCAGCAGCAGCAGAUGCUGCAGCAGCAGCAGCACGUACUGCUGCGGGCGCAGCAGCAGAGCGAGCCGUGCUUGCAGACAGCGCAGCAGAGACAGCAGCAGCAGCAGCAGAGGCUGCUGCUGCGACCGCAGCAGCAGCAGCAGCAGCCGCAGACGCAGCAGCAGCAGCAGCUGAGGACGCAGCAGCUGCUGCAGCGAAGGCUGCAGUGGAGGCUGAGGAAGCAGCAGCAGCAGCAGCAGCAACAGAAGCAGCAGCAGAUGCAGCAGCAGAGAGAUUGUUCUGUACAUCUGAAUGGCGUCUGCUGCUGCCUUCAUUAGUGCAGCGGCUUAACUCUCUUCGUCUUCUGGGGCGUUAUGCGUCGUCAGGGCAGCAAGGAGGCGAAGUGGAGGCAGCAUUAGUAGAAGACAGCGCUGGUGUGCUGCUGCUGCGGCUGGUAGCGCUGCUGAGUGAAGAUUAUAGGGCAGAGACAAAUAGCAGCAGCGUAGAGUCUUGCUGCUUCUGUCAUUGGGGCUUGCUGCUAGAUGACAGGUCUCCCCCUCAGCUUGCUGCUGCUGCUGUCUCGCAGUGCAGCGCAGCAGCUGCUGCUGCAAUUGCUUCCCUUACUGCUUCCAACAGGCCGCCUGCUGCUGCAGCGCCUGAGACGCCACCCGCUGUUGCUGCUGCAGCUGCUGACGGAGUUUCUGGGUUUGCUGCUGCGGCAACUGUUAUCGGUCAGUCGCCGGUAGCAGCAACAGCAGCACCGCUGCAGCAGCAGCAGCUGCUGCUGCAGCAGCAGCAGCAGGCGGGAAGCAGCAGCAGCAGCAGCAACACAGGGCAGCGGUGGAGACAGCCACCAAAGUGCUUCUGGCCUGAGGGCUCUGUCUCCGCAGACACCCAAAGCGUAGACACUCCAAUGAGGAAGGUUCGCGUCAGCAACAACGGGGUCUUCAUCUUCAACGGAGACAGCAGCAGCAGCAGCAGCAGCAGCAGCAACAGCAGCAGCAGCAGCAGCAGCAGCAGCAGGGUUUGCUGCAGCAACUCCCGAAGCGUCACGCUGCACGUAGUGGACUUAAAAAUCCCUCGAAGGGUCGACGGCAAAUCUACUGUAGGUAUAAGCUUCGUGCUGCGGUCUGGGCCUCCGCCUUAUCGGUGGCACCACUGCGCGCAGACAAACAACGGAGGCAAUUUUUGUAUUGAAGUUUCGAAGCCGCUGCUGUCUCCUAGUUUAAAGCAGCAGCUGCUGUUCGCCCCAGACAAGCUCUUGAUGCUGCUCUCAGCAUCAGACCCUGCUGCUGCUGCUGCUGCUGCUGCUGCUAGUGCUGCUGCAACAUCGCCACCUGCUGCUCCUGCUAAUGGUGAACAGCAACCUGCUGCAGCGCACUCCAGGAGGAGACGAUCCGUCUCCAGGCAUCACACUCGUCAGAAACAGCACCAGCAGCAGCAGCAGCAGCAGCAGCGGCAGCAGCAGCAACAGCCGGAGCAACAGCCCGUGCAGCAGCAGCAGCCACCGGAGCAGCAGCAGCAACCGGAGCAGCAGCAACAACCGGAGCAGCAGCAACAACCGGAGCAGCAGCAACAAUCGGAGCAGCAGCAAGAGCAAGCGGACACUCAGAAGCCAGAGGAACUGCAGCUGGGGCAGCAGCAGCAGCAACAGCAGCAGCAACAGCAACAGCAGCAGCAACAGCAACAGCAGCAGCAAGAGGCCCCUGAAUGCGGGCCUGAAGGCAGUCAGAACGUGCAAGUGGGUGCUGCUGAUCAGCAGCAGCAGAAGCCGCAGCUGCAGCUGCAAUUUGAGAGCAUUGCGACCCCUCGCGAGAUGCGGCGGAGUUUGGGGGGUCCGACACAGCAGCAGCAGCAGCAGCUGCAGGAACAGCUGCAGCAACAGCUGCAGCAGCAGAGCGAUCUUCUGCAUGCAUUGUUUGCUUCUUCUCGCUUUUUAUCAUGCCCCCUACCUCCUUGGCGGUGGUCCCCGUGGGGGCUGGGAGGUGCAGCAAAAGCAGCAGCAGAUCCAGCAGCACUUACUCUCUUUCUACUGUCUCUUCUUGAAGGAGACACUCAGCAGCAAAGAGCUGUUAGCUUCUGGGCCUGGCUCUUCUCCUUCAUCAUUACAGAACUCUGGGCCUGGCAAAACGAGCAGCACACAGCGUUUAUGCUGCUGCUGCUAGCGCGAAAGCAGCAGCAGCAGCAGCAGCAGCAGCAGCAGGAUCUGGCGUUGGAGGAGGAGCAGCAUCAGCAACACACGCAACAGCAACACCACCAAGAACAGCAGCAACAGCACGAAAAGCUGCAGCAGCAGCAAGACGAGCAGCAGCUACAGCAUGACCAGCAGCAGCAGCAACAGGGGCAGCAGCAGCAGCCUCAGCAGCAGCAGCAGCAGCAGGGGGCUCUAAAGAAGCCCUCUAGAAAGCUGCCUGCAGUCCUGGGCCUCCGCUGCUGCUGCCUCCCGCUUGCGAGACGUCGCUGUCACAGUGAUGGCUGGAACAGUGCUGGUUUGUGCUGCAGCAGCAGCAGUGCUGCUGCUUCUGCUCCUGCUGCUGUCAGUGCUGCUGCUGCUGGUGCUGCAGCUGAAGAAACCGACAGCAGCAGCAGCAGCAAAAGCUACUUCGCCCCUUCCCACCAGAGUGCAGCUUCUCAUGUGUUGCAGCAGCAGCGGGACCGUUCACCCACACGGGCGAAGACAGCAGCAGCAGAACAGCAGCAUGAGCAACAGCAGCAUAUGCCUGCCCAGGUAGCGAACCUCGGUGUGCCUCAUACUGACGCAGCGGUUGCGGCAGGAAGCGCAGCAGCAGCAGCAGCAGCAGCAGCAGGAAUCGGAGGAUUUGCUGAGGCCGCAAUCCCUGUUGCAGCGAAGUCAGGAGUAUCAGCUGCUGCUGCUCCUGGGUUGUCCUUGCCUGCAGCAGCAGCAGCAGCAGCAGGACCAGCAGCAGGAGGAGGAGCAGCAGCAGGAGACAGUUGUGCCGACUGCAGCGUGGUGGGGGAGCUGCCGUCACCGCAUGCACUAGAGGAGGAGACACUGAAGGCUGUUGCGUUUCCGCUGCUGCCAGCAGCAGCAGCAACAGCAGCAGAGCGGCUGCUGCUGCAGCUGGGGAGACACUGGAAUGAAGGGAUGGAGGUGCGAAGUGUCGUUCGCUUCUGUGUGGGGGUCUUAGCCCCUCUCAUCUUAGGCGCGAGGCUAAUGCAGGCUCUGGAGGCGACGCUGUUGUGUGCUGCUGCUGCAGCAGAAGAUCCGUUCUUUGCUGCUUGGAUGCAGACACUGGCGAAGACACCGCGAGCUGUGCCUCCGCUGCUGGUGUCGCUGCAGUCUCCUGCUGGUGCUUCUGCUGCUGCUGCUCCUGCUGCUGCUAGCUGCUCAUCUGCUGCAGCAGAAGCUGCUCUUGCUCUUGGUGCAGAUGCAGCUAUUCUUAAGGCUACUGUUGCUUACUGCCGCACAGGCGGAGACAGUGCUGCCUUCUGGAGGGCCCUAGGACUCUCUCAGCAGGCUUAUGAGGAGCUGCAGCAGACAGAGCGACAGCUGGUGCAGCAGCUGCAGCAGCAAAUGCAGCAGCAAAUGCAGCAGCAGCAACAACAACAACCGCAACAGCAACAGCAGCAGGACCACCAAGAGCAGCAGCAGCAGCAGCAAGAGCAAGAGCAGCAGCAGCAGCAGCAGCAGGUGCGGCUGUAUUUGCCACUCGAGGUGUUCCCCAGGAACUUAGCCGAGCACUCUGGAAGCGCAGCAGCAGCAGCAGCAACGACUGCAGCAGAAGCAGCAGCAGCAGCAGCAGCAGCAGAAAGCGCUGACAUAGACACAAAUACGGACUCGAGCGGAUUCUUCUCUCUCUCCGAUCUGCAGCAACAGUUGCAGCAGCAGCAGCAGCAGCAUCAGCAACAGCAGCACACAGUCUCUGCCUCCCAGCGCCUCAAGGCCUUAGGCGCUUCGCUGUCGCAGCUGCAGCAUCUGCUGUCUCUGCUUGGGGCUGAGCAGCACAUGGGGCUAGAGAGCUGUCUCCUCUCCGAGUGCGAGCACGACCAUCCUACAGGGACAGCAGCAGCAGCAGCAGCAGCAGCAGCAGCAGCAACACCAACAACAACACCUUCUCCGCCGCCACCUGCACAGCCGCCCAACAGCAGCAGCGGCAGCAGCAGCAGCAGUAACAGCAGCAGCAACAGCAGCACCAAGGAGCGCAGCAUCUACUGUCUCCCCGAGGAGUUUUCUAAGGCGCUGCCCGUCCCAGUCGUCCCCUUAGCUGUAGCACUAUACUGCCACCGACUGCAUACAUACCCGCAGCAGCAGCAGCAGCAGCGGCAGCAGCAGCAGCAGCAGCAUCAGCAGCAGCAUCAUGACCAUUACGGCGAGCUGCUUGUUCAGCUGCAAGUCAUUGCUGGGCAUCCUGCUGUCUCCCGCUGCCCUAUGGAGCCCGCAUACCCGCAGCAGCAGCAGCAGCAACAGCAACAGCAGCAGCGACACGCAUGCGGCUGCUGCAGGGUGCGUUGCAGCUGUCUGGAGCUGCUGCAACAGGUGGGGUCUGUACGGGGUGUACUGGCAGCAGCAAGAGAGAGCAGCAGCAGCAGGGGGGACGUAGGAGCAACAGCAGAGCUGCUGCUGCUGGAGGUGUCUCUAGAUUCUCUCUAUCAUCAGCUGUGCAGCAGGGUGCUGCAGCAGGAAGCAUUUGCAGCCCUGCUGCAGCAGCAGGUCCUCAGCAGCAGCAACCCCAUCCCAUUCUCCCCGCUGCAGCAGCGCCAGCUUAAGCAGCUGCUGCAGGAGGAGCAGCAAGCAGCACUUCAACAGACAGAGCGCAAUCUGCAGCAGCAAAACCAUACCCAAGCAGCAGCAGAGCAGCAGCCUACCCCCUCACCUCAAACCGACAAACAGAAUGCUCAGCAGCAGCAGCAACAACAACAGCAGCAGCAGCAGCAACAACAACAACAGCAGCAGCAGCAGCAUAAGCAAGAGCAGCAGCAACAGGAGCCGCUUGAAGCGCGGACGCCUUCGGAUUCACCUGCUGGUGCUGUCGCUGCUGCUGGCGCUGGUGUUGCAGCUGCAGCUCCUGUUGAGGCUUCUGCGAAGCAGCAGCAACAGCAACAGCAGCAGCCGCAGCAGCAAGCGCAGCAGCAGCAGCAGCAGCAGGCUCGGCAGUUUGUUGACAUGCUGCAGCGGCUUCCACUGCCCCUCUGUCCCCGUCUUUUGUUUCCUUUAGUGGGGCCUCUCUUAUUUACUCUCAAGUGUCACUAUCCCUGGUUUACGGAGGUGUCUAUAAUUGCAGGAGACUGGGCAGCAUUAGAUGGGGAGGCGGUGGAGUGUCUGCGCAGCUGUCGCAGCUGCUGCAGCCGGCGUGUGCGGACUUCAAGGACGUGGUCAGCAGCAGCAGCAGCAGCGGCAGCAGCAGCAGCACGUGCUGCAGCAGCAAACGAAGCAGCUUGGAAUGAACAUGUUGCGCUGCAGCGGCUGCUGCGCCGGGCCCUCUUAGACCGACUGGGUCGGGCAGUCGGGCGGCUCAUUGACUUAAGCCAGGAGCACUUCAAAGAGAAACUCCUCUUCUUCCUACAGGCAGCCAGCGAAAACUCUGCAGUGGCUAGUUGGGUGUCUCUUGGGGUUGUGCAGCAAUCUGUGCUGCACUCUGUUGUUGUUGCUUCACAUCUUCUCUCUUUUGCAGACUCUGUUUGUCCUAAGGCGCCGCCAGCGCCUUUCUGGCUGCCUCCAACAGAAGCAACAGCAGCAGCAGGUUCUUUGUUGCUGCUGCCGAGCUUGAGUGCUGCUGCUGCGCUGCCUCCCUCGCCGCAGCCGCUGCUGCUAGCUUCCGUCAGCAGCAAAGCAAAUGAAGAGAUCCCUCCUUAUAUUCGAGCCGUGCUGCUGUGUCCUGCUGCAGCGGCUUUCCUCCCUGCUGCAGCGCAGCACGCCAAGCUGCAGCUGCUGCUGCUGCUGCGGGAGCUUUCCCGGCAGCAAGCCAUUGUAGAGCAGCAGCUGCAGCAGGAGGGGCAGGCGCCUGUUACUGCAGCAGACCCAGAAGCAGCAGCAGCGCACGCCGAAGCAGCAGCAGCAGCAGCAGCGCAAGCAGCUGCAGCAGGAGGAUCGUUGAUGGAGCCGCCGCAUCCGUGCGCAACGUUUGCGGAGUUGCUGCUGGGAGCAGCAGCAGCUGCUGCUGCAGUUGCUUACCGUGAGAUAGAUGCAGCAGGUGUGGGGUGCCCUGUGCGUCUCUGUGCUGCUGCUUCUUUUAUUCCUGCUUGCAGCAGCAGCCUAUUAGUGCGGUGUCGAACGCAGCGGUGCUUCUUUGCUGUAUGUAAUGACCCUGCUUACUUCUUGCUGCUGCUGCAGCAGCUGCAGCAGCAGCAGCGAGAGCUGCAGGUACGCUGCUGGCUAGGACCCUUCUUAGAAGAGAAGGGCCUCUGCAGCGGGAGGCGAGUCUGCCCGACGCUGCAGCAGCUGCUGCAGCUGCUGCCACUGAAGCAGCAGUAUUGUAUGCUGCAGAAGCGGCAGCAAUUUGUGCUGCAGCAGCUGCGACUUGCGGAGGCUUGGAAGACGUCUCCUUUGCUGCUAACACGAGAUGCCGAGCUCUGCAGCAGCAGCAGCAGCUUCAGCAGCAGCGGUGCUGCUGUUCGCUUGCGCAGCACAGUAACGCAGCAAAGCAAAGCUCAAGACAAUGCGGGGCACCUCCCGCUGCUGCUUACUGUCUCUUAUCCGUCUAUAUCUCCUCUGCAGCUGCCGCAGCUAGCAGAGGAGGACCCCCAAGAAGAAGCAGCAGAGAAUGAUGCUGCUGCUUCAGAUCUUUUAGCAGAAGCAGCAGCAGCAGCAGCAGUUCGCCAAGGCGAAGAUGAUGUCUUGCUUCUAGGCAAAGGAGACCUUGUAGAAGAAGAUAUCCUUACAGGCCCUGCAGCUGCAGCAACAGCAACAGCAGGGGGUACAGCAGCAGCAGCAGCUGCUGCUGCUGCUGCUGCUGCUGCUGCGCCGCUACGGCUAUGCAGAGCAGCAGCGGCAGACUCAGAGGGCACCAGCAGCAGCGGCAGCAGCUGCAGCAAAGGCAGCAGCAGCAGCCCAGGUGAUGCUCUAAUGCGCGUGUCUUACGGCAGCAGCCAGCUGGGGCCUAUGCGUCUGGGUGGGGGUCCACCUCGUGCUGCAGCAGCAGCAGCAGCAGCUGCUGCUGCUGCUGCUGCUUGGAAGCCUGUUGUUGUUGAACACAAGUACUGCACUUGUGUCUUUCAAACACAGGUGAGGCAGCGGCCUUUAUUUUUGUCUCUGUUUGGUGGGGGAGGAGACGAUCCCGGGAUCGAUCCCGAUGAUGCAGCAGAUGAGAGCGAGGGGGAGUUUGAAAGGACAACUGCUGCUGCUGCUGCUGCAGCAGCUGCUGCUGCUCUGGAUGCGCCUCCUCCCGCUGCUGCAAAGGCUAUUGCUGCAGCACGAAUGCUGAGCAGCAGACGUCUGUCUCGGCGCAGCCGCAGCAAGCUACCAAAGAGUUUGAGUGUGGGGUCUCAGGUGUGUCUGCAGCAGCAGCAGCAACAACAGCAGCAGCAGCAGCAAGUAUCGAUUCGUUGGUUUCUGAGUCCCUCUGCCUUUCAACCGCAUCAUGUGGGAGCUCGCUGCUUAGGUAUAGCUAUGCUGCAGCAUACACCGCUGCACAGCAGCCUUGCUGCUAGUGCUGCACUACCAUUUCAAGCCCUUGAGAACUGUCUCUUCUUUCCGCCGAAUGCAUAUCUACGAAAGGGUUUGCAGCGUAUAUCUGCUGCAUUAGAUUUAGCUGUUGAGGUGGCGGAGCUACGACAGACCAAUGCUGCUGCUGCUGCUGCUGCUGCUGCAAGAGCAGCAGCAGCAGCCUCCAGGGCGCUAGGUGAGAAACCUCCUGACGGGGAAGCAGCAGCAGCAGCAGCAGCAGCAGCAGCAGGGGGAGAGGGCCCUCUGCUUCGUGGCUUUCUUCAGUUAGAAAGGCUGUUAAGGAGAGCAAGACAUAUAAUUCAUUUGCUGCAGGCCCCUCCGGAGGUGCUGCAUGAUUUGCACAAUUUUUGUAAGAGUGGGGGCGUGGAUGGAUCUGCUGCUGCUGCAGCUGCUGCUGCUGCAGCAGACGGUAGAGGUGAAGCUGCUGUCUCUUCUAGCUCUUGUCUAAGGAUGAUGAUGCUGCAAGACACUCAAAGGCUCUGGAAUGCUGUGCUCUCUGUCUGGGCUACACUCUUCUCGCCUCCUGUUGUUCUGGCGCUGCAGCGCGCAAAAGUCAAACACUCCACUGUCCGUGUGGCAGUGCUCAUUCAGCUGGUGAAGAGCAGCAGCAACGCUGUUUCCUUCCUGUGUCGUUCUUCGGCUCCUUUGCCUUCUUGCGAGCCCUUUGUAAGCCACCCCAGCAAGAGCAGCAGCAGCAGUAGCAGCAGCAGCAGCAGCAGCAGCAGCAGCGCAGUGGCUGGGUCGAUGGUGCAAGGCCUAGGGUUGCUGCCUAGGGAGACACUGCAGGGGGUUAGAGACAUUUUAGGCCUCCCUGGUCUCUUCUUUCUGCGGUACCGCCUUCCUGAUUCGCAAGACCUCAGCAGCAGCUCCACUUCUGCUGCUGCUGCUGCUGCUGCUGCUGCUGGUUCGUCUCCAACAGAUGCAGCAGAAGCGGGGACACCAGAAGCAGCAGCAGCAGCAGUAGACAGAGACAAAGGAGACGAAAGAGGAAAUGCUGCAUCAGGUGUCCGCUUUGCAUGCCCAGGCGAUCCCGCUCCAGCAGCCGCAGCGACACAGCAGCAGCAGCAGCAGCAGCGGCAGCAGGAUCAGGAGCAGGAUAAGGAUAAGGGGCAGCAGCAGGAUGUCGGGCGCGUGUGUUGCUGCUGCGGUUUAGAUGCUGCUACGUGCUGCAGGUGCAUAAGGACAGCUGAAGGGAUUGUAAUAUCUCAGCCUCAUGUGCUGCGGCUGAGCAGCAGAAGUGCUGCGCUGCAGACAGGACCUGCUUUGCUGCUGUCUCCUGACUUCAGUGUAGAAGGCGUUGAAGGGCUUAUGUCUGUUGAUGGUUUAAUAUCUCGUUUGCUGCCGCAGCGACAGCCGCUGCUGCUGCGGCGAGAGCAGCGCAGGAAGCAGCAGGGAAUGCUGCACCUCAAACAGCAGCAGCAGCAGCAGCAGCAGCAGCAGCAGAGUGGAUCCAGCGGGUCGGGUGUGCAGAGGGUGCGUCUUAGCUUCAGAGACACCGUCGGCAACGACACCGCAAGAAGAGACUGUCUCCUUGCUGCAGCAACAGCAGCAAUUCAAGCAGAAGCUGCUUUAGGCUACCCUCAGAUAGUGCACGGUAUAUGGCAGCCCCCAGAGGACGGCGCAGCAGCAGCAGCAGCAGAAGGAAGCAAGGAUGAACCUGUGAAAGCAACAGGCAGCAUCACUCUCUUAUCUUCACGCUCUGUUGUGCUGCCAGAAGGAGACAGUUGGGGGCAGGGAGAGGAGACAGACACCCCAGAUGCGCUGCGGCUAUCUGAGGAGCUCUUAGCUUCUUUCUCCCCCACUCUGCCCGAGAGCAGCAGCAGCAGCAGCAGCAGCAGCUUCUGCAGCAGCAAUAGCAGCAGCGGCUGCUGCUGCUGCGCAGCUGCUAGUGCGCUCGUUGCACUUGCUGCAACACAGCAGCACCAACAACAGCCGCCUCUGCCGCAGCAGCAGCAGCAGCAACAGCAACAACAACACGGGCAGUCGUAUUAG